AACCCAAUUCUUUUACGGACAUCUUUGACAGAUGAAACCGUGACUGGUGCAAACUUGGUCUAAUCCCUCGAUUCUUUUUUUCUUCUUCCUUUGUGUUGUGAUAAUACUUGAUCGUGAUCUGAUCCUGGAGUACUUACUUUUGGCCUCGACCACUACUGGCUCGCCAUGCUUGAGCUGCUCCUCUCGCCCUACGGGGCCUGUUUGGGUCUGGCCCUGCUGGCCCUGUACUAUCUCGUCCCCUACCUGAAUCGCUCCCAUCUGCGCGACAUCCCCGCCCCCGGUCUGGCCGCCUUCUCCAACCUGUGGCUGCUGCUGCAAACUCGUCGCGGCCACCGUUUCGUUACUGUCGACAAUGCCCACAAGAAAUAUGGCAAGCUGGUCCGCCUUGCCCCCCGGCAUACUUCCAUUGCAGACGACGCCGCCAUCAACGCCGUCUACGGCCACGGAAACGGUUUCUUGAAGUCUGACUUCUACGAUGCCUUCGUCUCCAUCCACCGCGGUCUGUUCAACACCCGGGACCGUGCCGAGCACACCCGCAAGCGCAAGACCGUCUCCCAUACCUUCAGCAUGAAGUCCAUCGGCCAGUUCGAGCAGUACAUCCACGGCAACGUCGAGCUGUUCGUCAAGCAAUGGAACCGCUUGGCUGAUACCCAGCGCAACCCCAAGACCGGCUACGCCAGCCUGGAUGCCCUCAACUGGUUCAACUACCUAGCCUUUGACAUCAUCGGUGACCUGGCCUUCGGUGCUCCCUUCGGCAUGCUCGAAAAGGGCAAGGAUAUCGCCGAGAUGCGCAAAACCCCUGAUGCACCCCCGUCCUACGUCCAAGCAGUCGAGGUCCUCAAUCGCCGCGGCGAGGUCUCUGCCACCCUGGGCUGCUACCCGGCUCUCAAGCCCUACGCCAAGUACCUGCCCGACCGCUUCUUCAGGGACGGUAUCCAGGCCGUCGAAGACCUGGCCGGCAUUGCCGUCGCACGCGUCAACGAGCGUCUCCGCCCCGAAGUCAUGGCCAACAACACCCGUGUCGAUCUCCUCGCCCGCCUGAUGGAAGGCAAGGACCAGAACGGCGAGAAGCUAGGCCGCGCCGAGCUCACAGCCGAAGCAUUGACCCAACUGAUCGCCGGUUCCGACACCACCUCCAACACCUCCUGUGCCAUCCUCUACUGGUGCAUGCGCACUCCCGGCGUGAUCGAGAAACUCCACAAAGUCCUCGACGAGGCCAUCCCUCAAGACGUCGAAGUCCCCACCCACGCCAUGGUCAAGGAAAUCCCCUACCUCCAAUACAUCAUCUGGGAAACCAUGCGCAUCCACAGCACCUCCGCCAUGGGUCUCCCUCGCGAAAUCCCAGCGGGUAACCCCCCCGUCGAAAUCUCCGGCCACACUUUCUACCCAGGCGACGUUGUCUCCGUACCCAGCUACACGAUCCACCGCUCCCCGGAGAUCUGGGGUCCCGACGCGGACCAAUUCGUUCCCGAACGAUGGGAUCCAUCCCGUCUGACUGCGCGCCAAAAAGCCGCCUUCAUUCCCUUCAGCACCGGACCCCGCGCUUGCGUCGGCCGCAACGUCGCGGAAAUGGAACUCCUAGUCAUUUGCGCCACUGUGUUCCGUCUCUUCGACUUUGAAAUGCAGCAGGAGGGACCGAUGGAGACUCGCGAGGGAUUCCUCCGGAAACCGCUCGGUUUGGAUGUGGGGAUGAAGAGGAGACAGCCUGGGUCGGCUUAGGAUACUAUUCUAAGAGAGGGAGGGAGAAAGAAGAGGAUGGAAAAGGAAAAUGAAGGGGAAGAAUGUCUAUAGUUUCCUUUCUCUGUAUAUGUAUGAGCAUAAGCGAAUGUUGAAGAGUACCUAGGUUGGUAGCUAGCUAGCUAGCAAGCAAGCAAUGAUAUGAUGAGAUGAUCACA